ACCCAAAGGCCAAAACAGAAAAUAAGCAACCCGCCGUAUAGUGCUCGGCUGGGGAACUCAUCACCAGCGCGCAAAGUUCGGGGAAGAUAGAAAUGGUUGCCCUGCCUCCGCCGCUGCGCCGGCGAUUCUUCUGCACCCAGGCCGCUAAAGCCUCCCGCAACCACCUUUCAUGGACCGUCAAGCAAGUGAAGAAGUCCAAUUUCACGGCCGAUAUCGUCGAGGAAAUAAAAACCCAAGUAUCCGCCUCCGACUUCGUCGCCGUUUCCCUGCAGAAGACCGGCUCCUUCUCCGCCCCUUGGCACCGCCCUUCUCCAUUCGACACCCCUGACAUCGCUUACUUGAAAGCCAAGUACGCCGCCGACCGCUUCCAGGUUCUUCAGCUGGCUAUUUGCCCCUUCAGCAUUCGGGUGCCUACAGUCACUGCCUACCCGUAUAACUUUCACUUGUUCCCGAGGGAUGAAAUGAAGACUGGGAUGCCAUCGUACAGUUUCUCUUGUCAAUCGUCGAGUUUGGUUGCCAUGGCUCACGACGGUUUCGAUUUUAAUGCUUGCAUCAAUGAUGGGAUUUCGUACUUGUCCAGGGAGCAGGAGUCUGUGGUGAAAACUCGGUCGGAGAGGCCGAGGCCCGUCAGUGACUUGGGGGAAACUGCUUCUCCUCUCUCUGUUGCAGAUUCGAUUUUCGUUGAGAGGGUAAAAUCUCGUGUGAAGCAUUGGAAGAAUGCAUGUCAAGACUCUGGUAGCAACACAAAAGGUGAUGAGUCUCUGGUGAAAGCCUUGAGAAGGCUCAUCGUGACAACCGAACAGUUUGAAUCAAGACCGUGCAUGAACAUUGAUGUUUGCAGUGACCGCCAAGCACAUCUUGUGGUUAAGAUGUUGCAAAAGUUUGAUGAAAACCUUGUCCCGUUAAUGGUUCCAGCAAAGGGGGGAGGAACUCAGGCAGUCCGUGUUGUCUCAACAACUUCAAAAGAAGACCGGGAUCUACUUCUGAGAAAGCUUCAGAAUGAUGAAGACGAAGCAAACAAAAAUAUUCGUGGCUUCCGAGAGGUGAUUGACUUGAUUUCUGCUUCACAGAAGCCUAUUGUCUCCCACAAUUCCCUUAAUGAUUUGACGUUCAUUCAUUCGAAGUUUCUUGGACCCUUGCCUCCUUCUAUGAAGGAGUUCAUGGAAUCUUUGCACCACGUUUUCCUCCACGUCAUAGAUGUCAACCAUCUAGUACAGGAAAUUGGUCUCCCGAAGAGAGUAACAAGCAUCCCUUACACCAUCUCAAACUUGAACCAUCGGUAUCAUGCACCAAUUGAUGUAGAAAUUCCAUUGCAAGGUGCAGCGGUCGAAGAGGAAAGUCACGGGCAUAACGUAGUGAGCAUUAGUGAAUUGUUUGCAAAGUUAUGCUGCAUACUGAAACUCACACCUGGUGUAGGAGAAGUACAUGCUGAGAAAGGUACUUCUCCCCUUCAAGUAUAUGCAAACACUUUCAACCCACUUGUCAGUGGACCACAAGAAGAACCCACUGUCAGGGAAGAAAUCAGGGUAUGGACUAGCAGCAACACAAAGAAAGUGAGACGUGAUGAUUUGGUCUUCCUGUGGGGAUUUAGGUGUGGUACAACAGCUGGAAACCUGAAGUGCCUUCUGGAAGGGUCUCAUGAGGUUUUCUUGGACGAGUUCCACGUUCGAUUAGUAGACAAGAGCUGUGCUAUAGUUGUGUUUUGGAGACCCGGUUCGUCUGGAACCUUUCUGAAUGCCAUGACUCAUAAUCUAUCAGAUGCUUCUUCCAGCUCUUUGAGGGAGCUGGUUUCGGAGGGCGUAAGAGCAAGUGGGUAUGAGACAUAUGACAGAGCUUGCAGGUCGGGGUUUUGGGAGCCCAGUUUGGCUGAUUCACUAGACAAAGCAGCAGCAGCAGCCAUGGCUGACAUGGAGGUUUCUUCUGAGUCUGAUCACCGGACAGAAUUGUUGGACAGUUACCGGAAGAGUGAGUUGAUGAUCGACUUAGACGAGCUAUAAAUUGUUUUCUCGAGAAGAAGAGACUCAUGCAUCUUUAGUCCAGCCAAGAAUUCAUCCAAUGCGUAGAGAUAGAGAAGUGCACGACAUUAUCCAGAGAAGGGAAUUCGUCUUGUUCAUCUUGGUGGUGGCUUCGACUUCAAAAAGAGGACUCGAGUGAAGCAUGUGUGAGAUGCUCUGUACACUGUAGAGAUGUACACUUUCUACUGCAAUUCUGUUUUAUUUCUUCGAGCCUCGCCACGUGAUGGCAUUUGAUUUAUUUAUGAUUUAAUUUUAAUUUUCCCGUUAAUUUUGGUCUGGCUCUUUUAUUCUUAAAUAAACAACUGACCAUUGUGUAUGUUAAAUUGUUAAUCACUUUCGUUCAUCUGGCUGUUAGCUCAGUCAGCACUGCUCAUGCUCAAGUCUCCUCCCACGGUCCGUUCUUCUUCCCACUUCAUUCAGCUAAACCGCUCCGCUGCCAUCUGUUCAUUUUUCAAACGCACUUUCCCAUUUCCCUCCCAAACAAAAAUGGCUUCUUCGGCGCUGUCGCUCCCCCGUUCGUGGACUUCUUCUUCUCCCCAAUACCGCGAUGUCGCUUCUCUUCCACGCUCCCACCGCGGUUCACUUACCUUCCCCAACGGCUAUACAGAAUCCGCCUUCUUCGGCUCCAAGCUCCCCGCCAAAUCGCUUUCCUGGUCAUCGGCGGCGCGUCGAUGUGGCGGCGGGGCUCUCCGAUUCGGCCCCGCCGCCUCUGCUUCUUUCCACACCUUCGACGUCGUCGUUAUUGGCGCCGGAAUCAUCGGAUUGACGAUCGCUAGACAGCUCUUGACUAGCUCCGAUCUCUCCGUCGCCGUCGUAGAUAAGGCUGUUCCGUGCUCCGGUGCUACCGGCGCUGGGCAGGGCUACCUAUGGAAGGUUCACCUUAAGCCUGAGGAUCAAACGUGGGAGCUCAUUACCAGAAGCCAUCAACUAUGGGAGACGUUUGCCGAGAGUGUGAUUGAUCAAGGCUUGAGUCCUGCCGAUGAGCUCGGCUGGAAGAGGACUGGAAGUUUGUUAGUUGGAAGAACUCCUGAAGAGUCAGAGAUGCUGAAAAGGAAGGUGAAGCAGCUCUCUGAAGCUGGGAUAAGAGCUCAGUACCUAUCUAGUCAGGAGCUGAGUCUUGAGGAGCCUGAACUGGUGGUGGGGCAGGACGGUGGGGCGGCUUUCUUACCAGAUGAUUGUCAACUGGAUGCUCAUCGUACCACUUCUUAUAUCCAGAAGGCUAAUAGAGAAUAUGCAUCAGAAGGGAGAUAUGCUGAAUUCUUUCAUGAGCAAGUGACAGGCUUACUGAGUUCUAGUGGAAGUAGAGAGUUCAAAGGUGUUCAGACUUCCAGCGGUACAUUGAUAAGUAAAAAGGCCAUUAUAGUUGCAGCUGGUUCUUGGACUGGCCCUUUGAGCCGUGAGCUAUUUAAAGGAUCUGAUAUUGCGUUAAAUAUCCCUAUCAAGCCCAGGAAGGGACACUUGCUCGUGCUGGAGAACUUUGCUGAUCUAAAGUUGAAUCAUGGCACGAUGGAAGCUGGUUAUGUUGGCCACCAAGAUGCAGCUGCACAACAUGAAAAGUCAGAUAUAGAAUCACAGGAUCAUGAGAAUUCAUUGUUUGUGGCAAUGGGAGCCACUAUUGAUGCGAUGGGAAACCUUGUUCUUGGAAGCAGCCGCCAAUUUGCUGGGUUCAACACUGAAGUGGAAGAGUCUGUUAUAAAUUGUAUCUGGAAUAGGGCUGGGGAGUUCUUUCCAAAGUUGGCUGAAAGACCCCUGAGAAAUUUCACUGAGGACAGAAAAGUGAGAAUAGGAUUACGCCCUUACAUGCCUGAUGGGAAGCCAGUAAUCGGGCCAGUGCCAGAAAUGUCAAAUGUCUUCAUUGCUGCUGGGCAUGAAGGUGGUGGACUUUCCAUGGCUUUGGGCACUGCUGAACUGGUAGCUGACAUGGUCAUGGGCAAGACUGGAAUUGUUGAUUCUUCCAUAUAUGCUGUCGGAGGACGAUGUUGAUAAUAUACUGUGUGCCAAAUGUAUACCAGUGAGUCCUAGCAGAACAGUUGAUGGUAUAAGUGUGUACCAUUUGAAAUACUACUGAGGUUUAAACCUUGAGUGAUAACGAACUAAAUUGUAUCGUGGUAGUAAAUCAGGAUGUUUGGUCUGCCUUUUUAUAAAAUGUCUCCAUUUCUAUCUCUACCUGUCAGGCUGUUGGUUUGAUGGUAUUGUGUUUUGAGUUCCUGUAAACUGCAGAUCCAUAAAACUCCAAAGCAUGUGACCCUGAAUUGAGAACCGAGACGAGAGAUUAUUGGGAUUGCAAUUUUGAG